UAAAACCCAGAAAUUCUGUCGGUCAAAAUUAAAAAAAAAAUUCAACAGCAGCAUGAUUAGUCCUUAAAUUCACAAAACCCAGAUGUUUAAUUUCUACCACAAUUACAAAGCAAACUUCACUGAGGCAUUUCAUCGAACACCUUUGCGGCAUUUAAUCAUUACUAGCAAUUUUGAUCCUCCAUUACAGAUAUGUCAGACUUGGAUGGAAUUGAUUUGGACCCUGAGGACUUCACCUCCUCACUUCCCUUAAAAAAGGUCCCAUACGGCGACGUUUAUGAGGCUUCCAGGGCCGGGGACGUUGACCGGUUGAAGUACUUGUUGGAGUCCGGCGUCAACGUAAAUGCUCGGGACCAAUGGGAUUCGGUGGCCCUUUACUACUCUUGCCUUGCGGGGCAUUUGGAUGCCGCUAGGAUGCUUUUGGAAAGCGGGGCCAUUUGCUCUGAGCACACGUUUGAUGGCGAUCGCUGUCACUAUGCCGCGCUUAAUCUUAAAGUUAGGAAGCUAUUGAAAGCAUUUGAAGCUCGCCCGCCUCCUUUGGGGCCUUUGCAGGCUGCAUUGAGGGAGACCUUCUUGGGGUGUUGGGCUAAUAAGGCUUAUUUGGAGCAACUGGAUGGCCAAGCUCAAUUUCCCAUUCCAGAAUCAAUAGGUUAUUCACCAAAUGGAGGAUCCACUUCAGACCACUUCCCUGCAGAUGCUGUGCUUUAUGUGCAGGGAAGACCUAUUGAAGCUCAUAGAGUCAUCUUGAGUGCCCGUUCACCUUUCUUUAAGAGGAAAUUUGCGACAGAUUGGAAGGAUCGCAAGGAAAUAAGAUUCUCAAGGGAAAACCUAUCUUACCCUGCUCUUUUUAGCCUCAUUCACUUUUUUUAUAGUGAUCGGCUUGAAAUCUCAGUAGAUGACAUGGAGGAUUUGGUGAGAAUUUGCAGAGUUUGCAAGUGCCAAUCACUUCAAAAAGUUCUUGAGAAAGAAUUAAUCCAUCAACAGUAUGCAGAUUACAAGGCCCUUAGGGAGAUAGACAACUCUCAGAAGCGAUUCAUUUUGCAGGGUCUUUCCCUUCCACAGGAUGACCGUCUUCCUGCGGCCUUACAUGAAAUUCUUCAAAUUUCUCUUGCCAAUUCAACAAGAGAAGAAAACCUGGAUAGUCCUGUUGAUAGUCUUGUAUCUCGUGUUGGUUUAAUGCAGAUGGUUGGAUUUGAAGAUGAUCUUGCAGAUGUUUGUGUGCUAGUUGAAAAGAAAAUUUUUAGGUGCCAUCAAGUCAUCUUAGCAUCAAGGUCCGAAUAUUUCAAAGCAAGAUUAUCCCGGGUUAAGGAGUUCCAUGAAGGAAGAGACAGUUUGCCUGAUAGUACCCUUCCAUGUCUUGAAGAACAUGAUUUGAGCAUGGGUGCUUUUGAGAAAAUGAUAGAAUAUAUGUACACUGAUGGCCUGAAGGACAUAGAUCCUGAUCAGGCUGAAGAGUUGUUUGAUGUGGCAUCAAGAUAUCUUUUAUUUCCGCUUAAACGUGCUGUCGCUGAUGCACUGUUGCCCCACCUAGAAAUGGUUCCUCCAGCAGAGCUCUGUCAUUGGCUGAUGUUGUCAGACAUGUAUGGCGUAGUGAAGAUUCGGGAGUAUUGUCUUGAUACAAUAGCUUGUAACUUUGAGAUAUUUGCUGAAACUCCUGAGUUCAGGGCGAUGCUUUUAACACUUCCACCACCUUCUGGAGAAUCCACUCUUCGUACCACAGCUCCAAGUGCACCAGGAGCUGAAUUGAAUACAGUUGAGGAGAAUCUCCUAGAUGAUUUGCGAGAGAAAUGGCUCGAGGCUGAAGGAGCUGAACUUGAUAAGAGAGAUGAGAGCGCACUAAUUUUUGAUAAACGCCUAGAGAUGCUUGUGGUAGUAGCUGAGCAAGAGAAAUCUGGUGCCCUUGAUGAGAGUUCUGCAUCUGUUCCAGAAACAGCCUCCUCGUUACCUUGAACCUUCACACCAAAUGGUUCAAUAAAUGAAUGAAUACUAAGCUUAUCAGAAGCUGUUACUUGUAGAAGUGAAAUAAGAAAAGAAAAACAAUUGAUAGUUACAUGAAAUCUAGCCACAGUUUUCUUUUAAAAGAGAAUUAGGGUUUCUUGUAGUUCAUGCAAAGAUCUGAAUUUUAUUUUUUUUGGGAAUUUGUAAAGUAACUCCAAAAUUUUGCUGAUAUUGGAUUGAACUCCAGCUAGAUAUAAGCUUUGC